CCGAAAGACUAAAGUAAAGAGACUCUGGACUUUCGCAGCUCUUGAGGGACCCAUUCCUUCCCCAUAACCCAUUCCUCUCCCUUCGCUCGGCCGCUUAUAAAAAGACACAUACUCUCUCUGGGACACAACUCAAGCACUUGAAUUAACUCUCAGCCUCACCUUCUCAUAGCUCUUGCUCUAGAGUAUAACUUAGUGGUAAGAGUGAUGACUCAGGGAAGGGGCAGUGCCGUGGCUCUUGGGUUGGCACUGCUGUGCCUCCUCAUCCACAGCGAGAUCGCCGAGUCGGCUACUUACACAGUCGGAGACGGCAAUGGCUGGACUUUCAACACCGACACUUGGCCCAGAGGGAAGCGUUUCCGGGCCGGCGAUGUGCUCGUUUUCAAUUACAAUCCAUCGGCCCACAAUGUCGUGGCCGUGAACCGGGGAGGCUACAGUGGAUGCACGACGCCGAGGGGCUCGAGGGUCUUCAGAUCGGGGAACGACCGCAUCACACUUUCUAAGGGGACGAACUAUUUCAUCUGCAACUUUGCGGGCCACUGCCAAUCAGGGAUGAAGAUAGCAGCCACAGCUGUGUAACAAUUUUAGUCGAGCUUUAUCUACUUGGUAGUGUGCUAUGUAUGAAAGUGAGGGCUAUGUUGUAUGACUACGUGACAUAAUUAAAUAAAAGUGGUCAAUGGCUCAGGAACUUUGUUCCUGGGUCGCCUUUCAUAUAAA